GCUCCUCUAGGAGGGAGAGGGGAGCGGGUCGGAGCCCCAGACGCGCCCUGCGGGUCUCUAAGGUUGGAGAAAGUUGUGCCGGUGGCCGCGCUGCCAAGUCAAGCGGACGUGCCGCUGCGAGGAAAGUUCGGAGGCAGGCGGCGGGGCGGGACGCGCGGAGCGGGGCGGGCGGCACAGAGGCUCCGCUCGCGGCGUCGCUGAGGUGGGACCUCGGGCGGGUCCUCGCGGAGACCGCGGCCCAGCCUCUUCCCGCCCGGCUGGGGACUGUGCAGGGCGCCCGUCCUGGGAGUCUGCGGGGGGUCCGCCGGAGUGGCGGGCGUUCUCGGGGGUCAGCGGAGGACCUCGGGGAUUCGUGGGUUCCUCAGGUGUCCUCGGGGGUCAGCAGAGGUCCUCGCGUAUUAGUGGGGUCCGCGAGGGUCCUCGGGGUCAGCAGCACUCCCCGGGACCCGCGGGGGCCCUGGGCGGUCCUCGGGGGUCCCCGGAGGUUCUCUGAGGCCGGGGCGCCCGGCCUGGCCGCCUCUGAGUGGGAGCGGCCUCUCCCCCGUCCCCCGCCCCCUCCGGCCCGCCCACUUUCUUCCCGUCCCCCCACCCCUGUCCCCGCAGCGAGCCGAGCUCCGAGCUCCGGGAGCGCGUGGGAUCCUCCAGCCGGCGGCGAGCGCACGAUGCGCGGACCCGGGCGCCCCCUUCUCCUGGGGCUGCUGCUCGUGCUGGGGGCGGCAGGGCCCGGCCGGGGGGUCGCGGAGCCCCGGGAGGCCGCGGACGGGCAGGCCCUGCUGCGGCUCAUCGUGGAGAUCGUCCAGGAGCUCAGGAAGUACCACUCGGGGGAGUCCAAGAGGCUGCAGCUCUGGGGCCCGCAGGACUACGCGCUGGGCCGCAGGGAGGUCGCGGACUACGGGGCGGACCCGGAGGAGCAGCGAGCGGAAAUUGUUCCUCGAGAUCUAAGGAUGAAGGACAAGUUUUUAAAACAUCUUACAGGUCCUCUUUAUUUCAGUCCAAAGUGCAGCAAACACUUUCACAGACUUUACCACAACACCAGAGACUGCACCAUCCCCGCAUACUAUAAACGAUGUGCCAGGCUUCUUACUCGGCUGGCUGUCAGUCCAGUGUGCAUGGACGGAUAAGCGAGCAGAGCCAGAGGAGCCCUGAGAAGUGCCUUGGAAACUGCAGGGACGCCCUACGAACAAGAGAUUUAUUUUUGCAGAAGACUCCCCCACUGCUCCUGAACUGGAGCUGCGUGUGCUGUCGACGCCGUCCGUGGUACGUACGGACUCAGCGAGUCGGUGCACCAGAUGGACUCGCGCUCGCUGCCGUGGAGGACAGAAGGGAGGCCACGGUGGGCGUGCUACUGAGCGCCGGGGGACAGACUUCACAUUCCUGAUUAGAUGAAACCACAGAGAAUAUUUCUUUAGAAACAGAAGCAGAAUCUGAAACUAUAUUUUCGUAAAGCAUAUGGUAUGAUUUAGUAUUUUUUAUUACUUUUACAAUUAAAUUCCCAGAGUAUUAUUUGCAACUGCAUGAAUAAAAAAAACCCUUCAGUUGUGUUUUGGAGACAGUGGAGUGUAAAUCUGUGAAAUAUCUAGGCCAGUUUCAUUUGUCCUUUGUAAUAAAUGUAAAAUAGUAUCCAGAUACUGUCAAUAUGUGAAUACUGUAAAUGAAGCACAAGAAAUAAACGAAGCCUUUGUUAUAACGAGGUCUCUGGUGACUCCUUCCUUCCUGACGAGUUCAUGAUUUGGAAGUCACGACUCACAAUCCGUGAGAUCAGGAUGCUGUGGAACGCCACAGGGCACAAUGUCACAGGGUACAACCUCACAGGGCACACCACCACAGGGCACAAUGACACAACGUCACAGGGUACAAUGCCACAGGGCACAACGUCACAGGGCACAUCACAGGGUACAACGUCACAGGGCACAAUGACACGGCACAAUGUCACAGGGUACAAUGCCACAGGGUACAUCACAGGGCACAACUUCACAGGGAACGACAAAGGGCACAAUGCCACAGGACAUGACACGUCACAGGGCACAACACCACAGGGCACAGUGUCACAGGGCACGCCACAGGGCAUGGGAGGCUGCCAGUCCUUAGGGACGGUGGAUCGGCCACUGUGUUAGUGACAUGGCUUCUCAGCGUGGAAGCCCACUCGGGUGGGAAUGUUUCAGAUGAGGCUCAUCCUAUUUCCUGUGCGGUAUGAAGCAAAGAGGAAUCUUGAAGCUGCCACGCAGCUCUCGACAAAUCUGACUGGAUCCCACCUAAAAGGACAAGUGGAUUCAGCCCAGUCUCCUCACGGGGCCGCUAGUCUGGGUGCAGCCAGAGCGCAAGGCUGACAGGAGUCCGAGGAUCUGUGUUUGAGGUAAACGUGCAAAAGUGAAGGGACACCAUCCACUUAGGAGCUGAGGAACAGAGGAGUGAGGUGGCUGCUCUGCUGAAGGACCAGGGGCCUUGCCUUCUCCAGGGCUGGCUCUUAAUCCUAUUUUCUGGCUCAAGUGUCUUCUUAACCCUUUUUCCUCAAUUCCUUCCUUUUAGAGAUACUGUCAUGGAACCUUCGAUCAUGGCACCCUUUGAGUUCCCAUACGUCCUAGGUGUCUCUGAGGUAAAGAUCUUACCGGGACUCUGCUGGGCCGGGCACAGGGUCAGCCACCAUCUUCCCACAUCGCCUCCGCUGUCCUGGCGCGGGGCUGGGAAAGCUGCUGUGUUUGUGCUCGUCCUUCAGACACAAGUGGGUUCGGGACUAAACGCCCCGACCUGAGGCCCUCAGACGCUGAGGACCGGAGGCCCUGCCACACCCUGAAGGGUCGCCUGACAGGGCAGCCCUUCCACUCGGCCCCUCCGCCCAUGGCGAUGACGCGCCCAGACCCGGAGGGGACUGGUCCCAGGGUUCCAGGUCACCAGCCACGACGGAGGCGAAGACACGGAGCAGAGCAGCUUUCCCCCACCAGCUGCCCACAGGGGUCUGACUCGGCUGCUCCGAGGGGAUGCAGCCGCACACCGCUGACCACGGGGUCAGGACACCCCUUGCUGCAGGGGCUGCAAACUCCCACAAACAGACGUUACCGUGAGGGAAGCAACAGACUUGCUUUCAUCAACUGCUUCCCAACACUGAGGGUAAGUGUGCAGGGGACACCACGCACCACGUGGAGGCACGGAAAGGCAUCAUUCGCUCGGUCUCCUCCGGGUCAAUGAGAAAGCAGGAGACGCCAGAUCACAGCUCUGUUCUAUGUGGGUAAUUUCCCCAACUUAUUUUGAAAACAAUCUCUUCUGACACACAGCUGUAUGAAUUCUAGAUUAGUCAUCUCCAAGUGCACAGAAAUUACCUGUAUUUGCCGAUAAAUUAAGCACUGAUGAAAGAAUACUGAACAUAUAUUUAAGAUUCCAACAUAACAGAACUUUUUCGAACUUUUUAUUUUUUCCCACCUAAGCUAAUCUGUACUUGACAUUUGAGUCAUCGAUGCAUAUAAAGCAGACGCUCCACAAAGUGACCACAAGGUAAACCAGCACACAGUGUCCUUCCCGGAUAGGAUAAAACUUCCAGAGGCAGAGGAUAAAUGGGAGCAAAUAAACUGAUUUCCUUACAAAACUAACUAGACACACAAAACAGAGGGAGCACUGCAGUCACUGCAUACAUCCUCCCCUUUCCUCUCCUUCUACACAAGUGUCACUCAGAGCUCGUCAGGGCUGUCCCUGGGGGAGGCCUGGAGCGAGGCCGGAGCACGGAUGCGGUCUGCACAGGGAAGGGGA